AUGAAACAACGAUUGCUGAUACUGCUGCUUAUCUGGUGCUCGCCAGUUUGGAGCAAAGUCUACUCAAACUCAAUUACGAAAAGGACGAAGAUACGUCAGAGGCAAUGGGAAGGCAUGAGCAGCAAUACGGGAGACAAUUUUGGUGGCUGGCUGGUGCGCGUUAGGAGUGGUGGCGCGGAUACCCUUUCUUGUGGCGGUUCAUACUAUGCCCCCAUAUUGGUGAUAUCGUCCGCCAAUUGCAUUCACCCAUUUCGAUACCAGCUGGACGACGCCAGCGUGGUGACCACUGCCAACGCGGAAGAUGAGGAUUACAACUACUCCAUUGUGGAUACUGUUUACAGUCCAGAAGAGUUCGUAGCAUACAGAAGCAACAUGGACAUUGCGUUGCCUGGACGUGCAGCCAGCUACAGAUGA